AUGCAUUCUAAUGAAAAACGGAAAUUCGAGGAGACAGAUCCUCAAGUCUCAAAACAACGGAAGGUAAUAGGACCUUCUCUUCCUCCUCAAGCCGACAGUGGCAGUGAGACUAGCAGUGAUGAUGAUUUCGGUCCAAGCCUUCCUCCAUCCGGUCCAUUGAAAGACCCUGUUCACAUACAGCCUACGGAUUCUGGAUCGAAAUUGGAAAAGGAAAGCCAGCGAGAUCAAUGGAUGCUGCAACCACCUUCCCAUUCCGACUGGGCUUCCAAGAUUGACCCCACACAACUACGAAAUCGCAAGUUCAAUACAGGCAAAUCUGCCACAGCACCUAAGAGCAUGGAUUCCUCGUGGGUUGAGACUCCAGAGGAGCGAAUGAGGCGACUGCAGGAUGCAGUUAUGGGCGUUGGUACUUCAACAAAUCAGGAGGAUCAUCAAGGUGCUUCAAACGCAAAGUUGAUGGAGGAUCAAAUCAAGAGAUACAAGGACAUGACUGGGAAGAACACUCGCCUAGAAAAUCCAGGUGCUCAGCAAGAAGAUGAUGAUCCAAGUGCGCGCGCGUUUGAUCGAGAGAAGGAUAUGGCAGUUGCUUCGAAGAUAUCUAGCGCACAGCGCCGGGAGAUGGUAAAGAAAGCUGCGGACUACAACACACGUUUUACAAAGGGCAACUUUUUAUAA